CAUUUACCAUGAGGCCCACGGCUGAGCAUUCACCUUCCCAAGGCUGCUCUCGUGAGAAUCCAGGGUCUGAAACUCAGGAUUUGCUGAGUUUGGAUUUCGAGAAUCCAGCAUUAAAUGUUUUCCUUUGUGACCUCCGCUGCCAUCGUUCUGGCUGCUCUCCGCCGCUGCCUGCCUGUGGGUUUUGGAUUCAAUUCGUCGGCAUGCCUUGCACCACCCUUUUUGCUUCAUAGAUACUCCAAAUCUCUGAAUUUUGGGUUAGUUUCUGAACAUUCUUAGCUAUUUAUUCUUUGUAAUGUUGAAAAUAUCAAAACUUUCAACCCAUGCGAGCAAAAAGCUACAAUCUUUGUUCAAAACCCAUUGUUUUGCAAUUUACUUAGGUGGGGUUAGUAGUAGAAAUUUUAGUGAUGAUGGACAUGGAGUCUUCUUGAAUGAUAACAAUGGAUUAUCAGAGUCUGAGACUGAGUGGGAAAGGUUACUUAAACCCUUUGACCUCAAAGAGCUUAGGAAGUCACUUAAUCAAAUAAGCCCCUAUCAGCUCUGUAAAUUGCUUGAGCUCCCACUUGACGUGCCCACAUCAAUGGAGAUAUUCGAAUGGGCGGGUGCCCAGAAGGGCUAUUGCCAUUCAUUUGAUGUGUAUUAUGUAUUGAUAGAUAAGCUAGGGGCGGCCGGGGAGUUUAAGGUCAUAGAUAGGUUGUUAAUGCAGAUGAAAGAAGAAGGGAUUGUCUUUAAAGAGACCCUUUUCCUUAUGAUUAUGAAAUAUUAUGGGAGUGCCAGUUUGCCUGGCCAAGCAACUAGGUUGCUUUUGGAUAUGAGGGGUAUUUAUUCUUGUGAACCAACUUUUAGAUCUUAUAAUGUUGUAUUGGAUAUAUUGGUGGCUGGGAAUUGUCCUAAAGUUGCACCUAAUGUUUUCUAUGACAUGUUGAGCAAGGGUGUUUCUCCCACUGCCUACACUUUUGGGGUGGUGAUGAAAGCACUUUGUAUGGUUGGUGAAGUGGAUUCUGCAUGCUCUCUCCUCAGGGACAUGACUAAGCACGGGUGUGUGCCGAAUUCAGUGGUAUACCAGACUUUGAUACAUGCACUCUCUAAGAAUAAUCGAGUAAAUGAAGCAUUGAAACUUUUGGAUGAAAUGUUUCUUAUGGGUUGUACACCUGAUGUUCAGACCUUCAAUGAUGUAAUCCAUGGCCUUUGCAAGCUCAAUCGGAUUCAUGAGGCAGCAAAGUUGGUUGAUCGGAUGCUUCAUCGGGGUUUCUCCCCUGAUAAUAUAACUUAUGGAGUUUUAAUGCAUGGGUUGUGUAGAAUGGGGAAAGUUGAUGAAGCAAGGGCAUUGUUGAAUAAAGUGCCAGCUCCAAAUGUCGUGCUCUUCAGUACCUUAAUUAAUGGGUAUGUGACUAGUGGACGGUUUUAUGAAGCCAAAGAUGUUAUGUACAAUUGCAUGCUAAGUAUCGGCUGUGCCCCUGAUGUUUUUACGUUUAACAUGCUGAUUCAUGGGCUUUGUAAGAAGGGUUCUUUGACUUCAGCUUGCAGAUUGGUUAAUGAGAUGGAAAUAAGGGGUUGCGAACCUAAUGUGGUAACAUACACAACAUUGAUAGAUGGGUUUUGCAAAGCAGGCCAACUAGAGGAAGCUAGUGAUGUUUUAAAUGAGAUGUCAGCUAAGGGACUUAGUCUGAAUACAGUAGGGUACAAUUGCCUUAUAUGUGCUCUGUGCAAGGAUGAAAAGGUUAAUGAAGCUUUGGAAAUGCUUGGUGAAAUGUCUAGGAAAGGAUGUAAACCUGAUAUUUUUACAUUUAAUUCUUUAAUAUUUGGACUUUGUAAGGCCAACAAGAUAGAUGAGGCCUUGGGAGUCUAUCGUGAUAUGUUAUUGGAGGGUGUAAUUGCCAACACUGUAACUUACAACACUUUGAUUCAUGCUUUUCUGAGGAGAGGUGAGAUCCAAGAAGCGUUUAAGCUUGUAAAUGAAAUGUUAUUCAGAGGAUGCCCUCUUGAUAUAAUCACCUAUAAUGGCCUAAUUAAGGCACUGUGUAAAGCUGGGGCUGUUGAGAAAGGGUUGGCGCUGUUUGAAGAAAUGAUGAGGAAAGGACUUAAUAUUAAUAAUAUCUCAUGCAAUAUUUUGAUCAAUGGUCUUUGUAGAGUUGGAAAAGUACAUAAUGCACUCGAGUUUCUAAGAGAUAUGAUUCAUCGGGGUUUGAUGCCAGACAUAGUCACUUAUAACACCCUAAUAAAUGGUUUAUGCAAGAUGAGGCGUCUUCAGGAGGCUUGGAAUCUCUUUGAUCGAUUACAACUUGAAGGAAUCUGUCCUGAUGCUAUUACUUAUAACACUUUAAUCUGUUGGCACUGCAAAGAGGACAUGCUUGAUAAUGCCUAUUUGAUUCUACAUAAGGGAGUGGAGAAUGGUUUCAUACCUAAUAAUGUGACCUGGUAUUUAUUGGUCUCCAAUUUUGUUAAAGAAAGUGCCAAGGAGAGUCAGACUUUUUCCUCAGAUCUGUUUUAGUGUCUAGAAAGAAAUUUUGCUCAUGGAAUGAUCUCUUUGUUUAAUAUCUUAGUUAAGCUUCAGAAAGAGUUGCUUGGACAUUUGGUUUUAGCUAUUAUCCACACGUAUCUUCUAUUCUCAAGCAAGUGUAUUGCUGAUUAACCAUUGAUUCUCUUGCUUUUGAAUAUUUUGCAAUGCACAUCAUUUGAGGCUUUUGGAUCUCUGUUUGGAUAGGUCACUAGUCACCUGGAUUGUUCAAUGUAAAUGUUUGCUUUUUGGGAGCAAUUGUGCUUGAAGCUAAUCAGAAUGGCUAUGAAGAUGACUUUGGUA